AUGCUCACUAUAGCAGUUGAAGGGGGUGCUAGUAGAGGGGUUUUUUAUGAGGGAGGUAUCACAGGAGGAGGUGUGGAAGAGAGUGCUCUAGAUAACGCGCCUGUGAUGUGGGGAAGGUGCUGCCGCAGAGAGGACAAGAAUACCCGCCCGGCCUCUGCCCCAGCAUGCCUGGGAGAUGGUCCGAAGAAAGCUGAGCUGGAGGCUGGGUGGCGGCAUGAGGCUGGGCGGCAGCAUGAGGAGGGGCCUUGUCUCAUCCGUUCCCUCUUCAUCCUCUCUGAUUGCACCACCUUCGAGGCGCCUAAAACAUGUUCCCAUGCUUCUUCCCAUGCCUAUUCCCAUCUCUUCAUCCAUCCCCAUACUGCCCCUCAUGGCCACUCUUCUUUCCUCGUCAUCCCUCCUCUCUUCUCCAUCCCAUCUUGUCUCAUCCCUUCUCUCUUCAUCCUCUCUCGAAGCACCAAUUUUGAGGCGCCUCAAAAGUGUUCCCAUGCUUCUUCCCAUGCUUGUCUCAUCCCUUCUCUCUCCAUCCUCUCUCGAAGCGCCAAUUUUGAGGCGCCUCAGAAGUGUUCCCAUGCUUCUUCCCAUGCCUGUCUCAUCCCUUCUCUCUUUAUCCUCUCUGAUGGUACCACUACCCUCUAUAUGCUCUGGCCUGAUUUCCGCUCCCCUAUUUUUUUUCCUCCCUCCCCCCUCCCUUUUCCUCUCUUCCCCUUCCCUUUUCCUCCCUUCCCCCUCUUUUAUGCUGCCUUCCCUCUCCCUUAUCCUCCCUUCUCCCACCCAUCUCCUCCCCUCUCCUUCCCCUUCCCUUAUUCUCCCCCCCUCUUCCCCAUCCCCUACCCAUAUCCUUCCCUCUCCAGCGCUUAG